AUGUCUAAGCAACUGAAAAGAACGACUGGCAAAAGUGAGAACAGCUUCGAAAUGAAAAUAAAUAAUCUAAGAAACGUGUUAGCCGAAGCUGAGGACGAUAUAAUGCGAGGUACUGCCUACAAAUUGCAAGAUAAUAUCGUUAGAAUAAGAGAAAAAUUUGCACGAGUUAAAGAAGCCGAAGAAAAACGAUGGUAUAGUAACGAUCAAAUUCAGAUUAUAGGCCAAUUAAAAUCGAAAUUAAAAGAAUUUGUAAACGGCGAUCAUACGAUGGAAAUAAUUAUUAAACAUAUCGUAGAAAGAAUGGCUACGACUGUACCAAAUCUUUCGGAGGAAUUGGUGAACGCUAAUGAGGACCUUUACAAAUCGAAUUGCGAGAACGCACAAUUGCGUUACGAAAUCGAUAAAAUCAAAGCAAUGUUACGAAUACAGAUCGGCAAUCCCAACAAUUAUCGUAAAAGAAUAAUCGAGUUUAAAACUAUCUUGCGAGGAUUGAAAAAAAACGUAUGUUUUAUGAAACAAAAUCUCGACGAUAGUUCUUGUAAUGAUACUUUCGAUUUUGAGAAUUAUAUCAAAGCUAUUAAUAAGAUCGAUAUGACGAUUAACGAAUUGAGGAACAAACUGAAAAACGAUCGACGUGCUCUUAUAACUACUGGCAAUCCUGAUUGUUUCCGUUACUUAACGAAGAUCGUCGAAGUUCGAUUGAUUUUAAAACAGUUGCACGAGGAAUUGGAAAAUUCUUUAACUCUAACAGAGAAAUAUAAAGACGAUGAAAAUGAGAAAACUAAAAAAGGUUACGUUGAAAGGGUUGAAAUUUUGGAGAAAAUAAUCGAACAAACGAAUAUCGAACUUGCUUCCUUAAAAAUCGAGCCUGUAGCUAAUUGUAAAUUCGGUGGUACCAGUUGUCUCGAAUACUUGAAAAAAAAUUUAAAUGAAGAUAACUCACGAACGUCUCGUUCUAUGACGCUCGAAGAAUUGAGAAAACUCAUCAACGAAUUGUAUUAUCAAUCGAGAGAUUUAGAAAGUGUCGUUUAUUCUGGCAACGAGACGAAAUUGUUCGGAAGAAUCGAAGAAUUGGAAGAAUUGUUGGUCAAGUCAAAAAUCGAAUUGUCGAAUAAAACGGAAGGCAUGAGUGUAUUAGAGAAUAAACUCGAAUUCGGUAAAAAGGAAUUGGAGGAAACGAGAGAGAAAAACACGAAGCUUAGCAAGGAAAUCGACAAAUUCGAAAAGGAUUCGAGAAAUCGAUUGGAAGAGAUGCGACGAAUGAAAGCCGAGUUGAAUAGCUUGACAACACAGUUGCAGAGUCUUCGAAACGAUAAAAAGAAUUUGUUCACGGAAACGGAAAAAAUAAAUAAACAGUUGAUGGAAAGGAACGAAGAAUUAUCUAAGAUUCGUGCUACGAAAUUAAAAUUAGAGAAAAGUCUGGAAACAACGUCGAAACAAUUAAACGAAGAAUCGAAGAAGUCAAUGAAAAUGUCGGAGAGAGAAAGUUCUCGUGGACAAUUACAAAGUGAAUUGAAUGAAAUGAAAUCUAUGAUAAAUGAUUUGAAAAAGGAGCUCGAUCUUGCAAAUAUUGAAAAUAAAAGAUUUGAGCUUGACGUUAUACGUUUAACUUCUGAAAACGAAAUACUGAGAGAACGAUCGAGUAUCGUGGAAAAGACUCGUGAGGAAUACGAAUUGUUGUUGUCUAAACAGGCAACGCUAGAAAGUAAAGUUGAUCGUUACGAUAAAGAAAAUAACAAACUUAAGGCUGAGAUCUUGGAGUUAGAAGCCGAAGGGAAGACAGUUAAAACAACGAUGGACGAAUUGAAUAAGAAAAAUAACUCGCUUUUGGAGCAAGUGGCAAAAUUCCAAAUAAUUCAAUCGUCGUUGGAGGAGGAAGCGAACAAUUGGAAAAAACGCUCGAACGAGUUUGCAAGUGUGCUUGAACGAACCAACGAGAAGCUAAGAGAUCUUCGAACAGAAAAUUUAACGCUCAGCGACGAUUUAAGUGGUUUGACUAUGAAGAAUAACGAAACGGAAGCUCUACUACGCGUUAUCUCGACGGAAAAGAAUCACCUGAUGACGCGUACGAAGGAACUCAAUGAGAAAAACUUCUCAUUGAAGGAUUGCCUGAAUAAAACGAGAACCGAACGAGAAUAUCUUUCCGUCGAAUUGAAUAAAUCAAAAAUCGAAUUUGACGAAACGAAAUCGAACAAUUCCGAUCUUAAGAGAACAAUCGAUGAAUUGCAAGGAAAGUACAAUGAAAUGAAAAACGAAUAUAGAAUACUUGAUAAUCGUGCGAGAAAUUUGCGAAUUAGCAACGAAGCUUUGCGUUCGGAGAACGAUGAAUUGAAGGCUCGUUCAAACGAGUUCCUCAAACGACUACAAAAUUUGGAAUUUAACGAUGAAGACGAUAUUGGAUUUUACGAAAACGAAGAGACAGAGAACAGAAAAGCGAUGGAAUUUGAAAGAUCUACUGAUAAAGUCAAGAUCAAGGGCAAAUCAAAGAAGAAAAACGAUACGAAAAAAUUAAAGGUUGCAAACGAAAGUUUGAAAUUUCAAUUGACUAAUUUAAAAACUGAAAAUAUGGAAAUCAAACUCGAAUUGGCACGAAUUAAAGACAAUUUAAGUAUAGACAAACAGUCAAAUCAAUUAGAAAUUACCGAAUUUCGAAACGUUUAUAUGAAAAGUCUAAAGAACGAAACGUGGUCACCACGAACCGAACAAAAUUCUCGACAAAUUGUAUUGUCAAACGAAACAAAUAACGAAACUCUGAACUCUGAUCUGGAAUUAAGAGAAAAGUUUGAUACAUUGACUAACAUACUCUCGAAAAUGAGGAUUGUCAAUGGCGCUUUGAAAACUGAAAUAGAUAUUUUGCGAGAUAGCAUGCACGCUGCGAUCACCGAUAAAGAGAAAACUGUUAGUGAGCUUCACCGAGCUUUCGAUGAACUGAAAGCUCUUAAAGUCGAAUUGAUAAAGCUCAGGAACGAGAAACAAACGCUCGGGAUACGAUUGGACGAAGCUAGACAAGAAGUGGAUAACUUAAAAAUAGAAAAAAUCGCUUUGAAAGACGAACUCACGCUCCUCAGAAAAGCGAACUCUGAUCUUAGAACGAAAAUUGGCGAUUUACAGAAUUCUUAUGUGAAACUUAAAACUUUAGACUCGAAAUUGGAAAGUAAAUUGGUAGGAACGUUGAAGAACGUAAGUAAAUACACCGUCUCGGUUGACAAUUCACACGAAUUUGAAAACUUACUAAAUGGUAUUCUGAAGGAUUACACGUCGAUGAAAGAAUCGUUGGGUAUCGUCAAUUUUAAAUUCGAUGAUUGUAAAUUCGCUCAAGGAGAAAGUAAUAAUUUUUCGAAAGCAAAUUAA